AUGAGUUUUAAUCCAGUAUGGAACGAUUCAAAACCAAAUGAGCUCAAAAAUCCAAUUUCUACUUAUUGGGAGAGCUUAAGUACAUUUAUAGUUAUUGCAUUGUUCCUAGUUUGGCCUACAUUGGACAAAAAACAAAUUAUGAGAUAUCUCCCAUCGCUUAUUAUAUUUAUUAUUUCUUCUUUAUUUAGAUAUCAACCAAGUGCAUUAGAUAACCUGAAAGUAAUCUUCCCUGCAUGGUUUCCUUACGCUGUUUGUGCAGUCUCUCAUUUUAUUUCAACCAUGUUUUCUAUUUCAUUCAGGAAAAGACAUUUUAUAUUUAUUAUAUCAUUGUUUGUUGUUGUGUUAUGUUUCAAUACUACAACAGUUUAUCAUAUCUACAAAUUCAUGUCGUUUAAGUUCCCUAUUUAUGACAUACACACGAAAGAACUUGGUUUAUGGGUUGCAGAAAACACAAGAUAUGAUUCUAAAUUCCUUUGUUCCAGUUGGAUGACAAAUCCAAUAACAAGUCUUGCAGGAAGAGAAGUAACUAUUGGAUAUUUCGGAUGGAUAUGGACUCAUGGACUUAAUAUUACAGAAAGGUUGUUUAUGAUGAGCGAUUUAGCGAAAAAUCCAUAUAAUUAUUCGAGCUUUAAAGAAAAAAGCAUCACUUAUGCAAUGUAUCGAGAAAAUGACGAAACCAGAGAAUUUUUAUGGAAACAACCUAUUGUUUCAUCAAAAUGGAUCGAAAUUCUUGAUUUAGGCGGAUACAAAUUAUAUAGACUUAUCGAUUAA